AUGACAAAAAAAGACAAUAAACGAAAGCUUGAAGAAGUUGAGGUUGAUGAGGAUCUGAUAAAAGAGGCUAAAAGACAACCAAUUGAUUGUGAAGCAGUAGGUAUUGGCCCUGAUGGAACAGAAUCAGCACUUGCCAGAGUCACAAUUGUUAAUUUCCAUGGAGUGGUAGUAUUGGAUAAAUAUGUAAAACCUUUGGAUUAUGUGACAAAUUUCAGAACAGAAAUCACUAGUGGUCAAUGA